AUGGCCACGACAGCCCUCGACGGGCACAGCAGCAACACGAACGACGAGCAGGACAAGAACAGCAGCACUCCUCAUGAGACCGGCACACAGGAACAGGCAGAACCACUCGCAGAGGACAGAGCGCGCGAGAAGCAGUCCACCGGGCAGACAACGACCAGGGCCGAGAGAAGGCCCAGCAAGACAGUCCCCAAACUCAUCCAGCUCAUCGGCAACAAUGUCCCAAGCAUCCCACUCCACCUCCUCAAACGAAACCCUCCCGCUCAAAACCCGCCUCCCUCCGCCCCCAAGUGGCUCUGGGCUCCGAUCGACCACCCGGCUCGGAAGGAUGGCCUGAAACUGAAACAUUGGGUACGUGCUGAUGAUCAGGAGGUCUAUCGAUUCGCGAAAUAUGAUACGACAUCCAACGUUUUCAGCUAUACGACCGAAGAAUACUACCAUUUAUUAAGAGAUGAUCACUGGACCAAGGCAGAGACAGAUUAUCUGUUCGAGCUCUUGAAUACCUACGACCUGCGAUUUCCAGUAGUACAUGACAGAUACGAGUAUGUGGGCAGCCAUGAACGAACGCUAGAUGACCUCAAGGCACGAUACUAUUCAAUCUGUCAGAAGUUGAUCCCUCACCGACCGUCUGCUACGAACUCGACAACAGCCAGCCAUCUGGAUGACCCAAAUAAGAAGCAGUUGAUCCAAUCCUAUCACUUCGAUAAACAGAAAGAAGCCGAACGAAAGAAGCAUGUGAAAUCCUUAUUGAAUCGCACCCCAGCUCAGUUGCAAGAGGAAGAGUUUGUUUACAUCGAGACGCGUAGGUUAGAGCAAAACCUGCUCAAGCGGAUCAAGAAUCGGGACGAACUCAUGAAGGUCAUCGGAGGCUUCCAGCAUCAGAUCCUGAACGAGAUGAAGUUCUGGCCCAUCGUCGAGCCGAGUCCCACCACGCUCCAACUGUCCCGUCUGGCGAUCAGCAACAGCAUCAACAGUCACUCCCACUCGGCCACCAAUCCAUCUGGGCUUACUCAAUCGAGCCAUCCCAGCCAGUCUGACAAGCGCAGCGCCCGAAGGGAUGACGUGCUGGACGACACCCCGAUCUGUACUAGUAGUGGAGGAGCUCUUGGGAGCAACGAGCAUGAGAUGAAUGUGGAUCGUCCGAAAGCGAUCGACCCAUUGGAGCAGAUCGAGCACGACAAGAAACACUGCAUCUACCGCCUAGACUCCCAGUCCCUGCCAGGAUCGACGGGUGGCUCGACAGGGCACCAUCGGACGGUUGGGCUGCGUUCGGCCCGGAUCACCUUGCCCAAGACGGUCGCCGCCUCCACCCGGCUCUCGACCGUCAUGGCCGAGCUCCAGAUCCCGAGCCUGCUGAGUUAUCUGCCCAAGCCAUUGAUCAUGCCCACACGGGAGAUCGUGGAGAGCUACGAGCGGCUGAUCCAGGCGACCAACCAGCUCGUCGACCUCAAGCGCCUCGUCGACCGGGUCGACACCGACCUCAAAACCCAUCGCAAGAAAAAGGACUCCCUCCUCGCCUCUCUUCCCGCCGCCCCCGUCAACCAUCUUUCAUCGGCUGCGGAAGAUCCCCCCACUGGCCUUCCCAAAACCGAACCCCUUAGCCAUCCUCCUUCGCAGACAAACCCUCCAACCGAACCCAACCCAUCCAAUCCUUCCCAUCCGGGCCCAGAUCCACCCAAGUCUACCUCCACUAAAAAACGAUCGGCGUCGGUUUGCUCGUCCUCCUCUUCCUCCUCUUCGACCACUGGCUCACCCAACCAUCACCAAGAACACCAUCCCAAAACAGGAGCCCAAUCCAGCCGGAAAAAGAUCCGGAAGAAUUGA